AUGAGCAGUGACGACGGUGAGGUUUACGUGUCUGAUGAAGUUAGACAGCAGGUGUUCCAGAAACUGGCUGGGAAGCUGGAGAACAGGGUGUGUUUUGACUGUGGUAACAAGAACCCGACGUGGACGUCUGUGCCGUUCGGGGUGAUGCUCUGUAUCCAGUGUUCUGCGGUGCACAGGAAUCUGGGUGUCCAUAUCACGUUUGUCAAGUCGUCCACUUUGGAUAAGUGGACCGUCAACAACCUGAGGAGAUUCAAGCAUGGUGGGAACAACAGGGCGAAGGAAUACUUUUUGAAGAACAACGGGAAACAGUUCUUGAACACGUCGAACGUCAACGCACAGGUGAAGUAUACGAGUUCCGUGGCCAAACGGUACAAGGAACAUCUGGACAAGAAAGUGAAGAAAGAUAUGGAGUUGCAUCCGGGGGAUCUCGUACUCGAGGAUCUUGACGAGAACCUUGAGGUGGACGUCACUCCGGAGACCUCCGCAAACAACAGCGUCGACGAUUUCUUCUCCAAUUGGCAGAAACCAAAGCAGAACACACCCGGUGCUGCGGGUCCAUCCACCUCUUCAAGUUCUCCUUCCCCACUUGCCAAUUCCGCUGCUGAUGACACAGUUUCGAAAACUAAGACUCCACCAACCAAAGUGCGUACUACUGCUGCAGGUGCAGGUGCAGGUGCAGGUGCAACAAGAUCAUCGAGCAUUCUGUCCGGUGGGAGGAAGAAAGCAUCGUCGUUGGGUGCGCGUGCUGGUACCACAGGUGAGAAGAAACAUUCUAUCCUAUCGUCCUCUAGAAAGCCAACGAGACUCUCCGCCAAGAAAGUUGAUAAAUCAAACGCGGAGGACCUUUUCGACCAAUUUGAAAGGGAAGCCGAGGAGGAGAAGAACGAUUUGUCCACAAAACGUUACAACAACAUACCGGUUAACAAUAAGCCACCGCCAAAGAGUUCCAUCUACCAGGAGGAGCAAAACUUUGCCUCCGAUGACGAGGACGAAUUCAAGGACACCUUCGGUGACAACGACUACUCGCAACCGACAGCAGCCGCAGAGGACCUUAAACCAAAAUUUGCCAAAUUAGGAUUCGGUAUGACCGCGAACGAUGCGAACGACCUUGCAAAGAAGCAGAAGGAGACUCAAAGAGCAGCCGCGGGGCCCAAGUACAGCGGCAAGAUCGCCGCCAAAUACGGUGGCCAGAAGGCCAUUUCCUCGGACCAACUGUUUGGCCGUGGCUCAUACGACGAGGAGGCUUCUCGCGAAGCGCGCAACAAGUUGAAGACCUUCGACAACGCUACAUCCAUAUCGUCUGCGUCCUACUUUGGCGAGGAGCAGACGGGGGAAGAAGGCGAGAUGGGUGGUGCUGGGAUGAACAGUCAGAGUUACGCGGGCGGGAACAGCGGGGGCAAUUUUGUUGAUUUCAAUAUCAACGCUGAUGACGAGAUUCAAAUAUUGAAAGACGCUGUGGAACAAGGUGCCCAACGAUUGGGGAACUACCUAAGAGACUACAUGAGAGGUUAA